UGAGAUGGACUGAAUCGCUACAUCCUGGAGUUCCACGAUCAACUGACGGUCACACAAUAUUACAAAAGGAAGGGGGAGUAACAGUCUAACCGGUCUAACGUAAGGAAAAUGCCUGCUAUGCGUAAAAGAGAGGCAGAGAAUCUGCCGGAACCGGUGGUGGAACCGCAAGCGGUGGAGGAGCCUGGAUCGACGUUGAAAACCUGGUUGACCACAGAUGUGGAAGAAAAAGAAGGCACAGAAACGGCGGAAGUGGUGACCGAAAAUGCGGGAAAGUCUUUGGAGACGAAAGUAGAAGACCUCGGCAAGGAACUCGCUGAGGAAAUGGGGAUACCAACAUGGGCACUCGUUGCGAUUUUAAUAGGUAAAAGUAAACGGUCGAAAAUAGACAGCAAAUUGAAUAUCGAUAAAUUGGCUGCUAAGCAAAGCGAUUUGUGUUCUGAUUACCACGAUAUUUUUUACGACUUCAAUACGAACAGCUUGGCAGUGACAGUAAUUCAAGCCGAAGAACUGCCAGCCUUAGACAUGGGUGGUACCUCUGAUCCGUACGUGAAGGUUUACUUGCUACCGGAUAAGAAGAAAAAGUUCGAGACGAAAGUACACAGGAAGACGCUCAGUCCUCAGUUCAAUGAAACUUUCACGUUCAAGAGCGUGCCGUACGCAGAUGCGAUGAACAAAACACUUGUCUUUGCAAUCUUUGAUUUUGACAGGUUUUCAAAACACGACCAGAUCGGCGAGGUGAAAGUUCCUCUGUGCCAAAUCGAUCUGGCUCAGACGAUUGAAGAAUGGAGAGAACUGCAGAGCGUAGAAGGCGAAGGUGGUCAGGAUAACAAACUGGGAGACAUUUGCUUUUCGCUUCGAUACGUGCCCACGGCCGGUAAAUUAACGGUUGUCAUUCUGGAAGCCAAGAACCUGAAAAAGAUGGAUGUCGGCGGUCUCUCAGAUCCUUACGUAAAGAUCGCAUUGAUGCAGAACGGCAAAAGGCUGAAGAAGAAGAAAACGUCCAUCAAAAAAUGCACUCUCAAUCCGUAUUACAACGAAUCAUUCACGUUUGAGGUACCCUUCGAGCAAAUACAGAAAGUGCAAUUGGUUGUCACGGUAGUCGACUACGAUCGUAUCGGCACAUCAGAACCCAUUGGGAAGGUCGUCUUGGGGUACAACGCGAGUGGAACAGAAUUGAGACACUGGUCCGACAUGUUGGCAUCCCCGAGACGUCCUAUCGCUCAAUGGCAUACGCUUAAGGACCCGGAGGACGGCGACAAGAAGGAUUAAAUGGGUUCUAUAACCGUUGAUCAGAUGUCCAGUUUGAAAAGGUAAUGCACACACCAAAUGGUUCUAAGCAGAAUACGACAAAUGUACAGAAGCAUUACUCUCUUUCGUUACGUUCCGUUUUGCGUUCCGCUUUCGACCCAUUCGACAAACUAUAUAUACUAUAUGAGUAUAUAUAUAUACAUAUAUACAUAUAUUUUCCAACGAUAUGUCCGUGGACGAUGUAACCGUAACGAGGAUGCAAGAUCUUUCUGGACAAACAAAAUGAAAGAAACGAGAAUACGCGAGAAAUAAAAAAAAAACAGAGAAAUUGAAAAGAAAACAAUGGGAUGCAACGAUGUAACCGAUCGACUUUAUCCGAAGGAAAAGAGAGUAUAAUCGUGCACGAGAAUAAAAGUGUUAUGUGCAUGUGGGAGAGAGAGAGAGCGCGCGCGAAAGGGUGGGAGAGAAUGAGAGAGAGAGAAACUAAGUACGAGAAGAGAAAAGAGAAAAAUAAGAAAAGAUAUACCUUAGUUUAGACAUUUAGUAAUCUAUUACUAAACUCAACAACAAUAAAUACUACUAAAAAUGGUCUUAGAAUUAAAAUAAUAUAAUAUUAAUAUGUUCUCAUGGAGUGUAGUGUCUUGUAUAUACGUAUAUCUAUCAUACCUUCUUCUGUAGAUGUAACUAUUCAAUGAUUUCAACUAAACGCGUCCCUUAUUCGAGAUAUCUCGAGACAAAGCAUUGGAUACUUUUUUCAUCCUACCCCUCAACUUCUACAUUGGAUACAUUCUCCGAUACAUUCCAUUUUUAUCGCGUUUCUUCAAUUGAACACACGUUUUAUAAGAUAUCGAUCCCGUUAGAUUUAUUACAUAUUAUAUAUUUAUACAUAUAGAUGUGUGCUAUAUAUAUUUUAUGUGUAUAGUAUAUGAGAUAUAAUGUAUAUGGGACGUUCGGCUACUGGUGAGAAAAAUUUAAGGAGUUGAUUCAAAAUGUCGAAAUAAGGCAGAAGUUGAGAAUAGAAAACGUACAUCUUUUAGUUAUAAACGAUUGCACCUAAUGGUAAGCAAACCUAUCUACCGUCUGUGGUUCUCAGGGGCAACGUGCGUUUAGAACUCUAAAUGCUAACAUAAUUCCUAUCGAUUACCAUCAUAUUGAGUACGUUGCAUUUUGGAGAUCACUGCUGGUCAGAGGACCGUCACCGUGCAGGCAGUAGUUCAAAGUACAGCGCGUCAGACGUAACAGUAACCGCUGUGAGGUAUAUUGGCAUUUAGACUUAUGGAUGCACAUCCUACUUGGAAACCAGUGUCGGCAGGGGUAAUUUUUAAUUGCUUCCAUAUAUUAUAACUAAAGAAUGAAACCCCUGACGCAAUAUUUUAUUUUUGAUUUUGUCCUAUUUUGGCUAGUAGACUCACCCGUUAAAAUUCAUCCCACCAGUAGCCAAACACUCGGUAUACAGACGUAUAAUGUAUACGAUGUAGUAGUCUCGUGUCUUGAAUUGUGUAUACGGUAGCAAAGUUUCGUUCAAUAAUAUUUUAUAGAAUAUACGUAUGUACUCGUGUUCGCUUGCGGAAAAUUGUAUUUGAUUCGAGUCAAUGAUCGCCACAUCAAUUUCAUUGUGUAGUUUCGUUUAUUCCAAACAACUUGAUUGUAUAAUAUUCAGAGUGAAGAGCAGCUUCCGUGUAUCUCUGUUCCUCGUACUUAAUUAACAUCCGCGAUUAGUUGAGUUUCAUAAAAACGCAAUGCUUUCGAUCGCGAUAUCUUCGUAUCCUAACGACUUUAGAUUAUGCGCUACCUGUACAGAGAACUCGGCUAGUCAAAACGAACGAAAGGCGAUUAAAAUGAAGAAAAACGAAAUCUUCCUCGUAGGAGGAGAGACAAUUUAAGAAAUAUAGGCUUGAUCGGUUUCGCUUGGCACGUGCCACGGUAGUUUUUGUUGUAACUGCGUCUGCCGAUUAUAAUACUUUUAUUAUAUACAUUCCAUAGUUGUAAUUGUUUAAUGGAUAAAAUUGUUAUAAUCAGCAGACGCGAAUUGGCAGCUCGCUUGCGAGCGAAGCUAGGAUAAAGUUAACGCGCGGACUUCGCGUCGUAUCGUUUCGAUUCUUAGAGUUCUCCGAAUUGAAUCUAUGGAAAUUUGUCGAGAAAAUCGAACACACAUCUUAUGCGGGGGAGUUGUUCGAUUUUACCGUCCGUUUCCACAAGUUCAUUCAAGAUAUACACACGCGUGUACGUGAAACUGUAAACAUAUUCGUAUAUAUAUAUACAUAUUAUAUAUACAUAUAAAUAUUAUAUAUAUAUAUAUUUACCACGUGUUAUAUGUGCAGAUACUGUUAUUGUUUUCCAAAAAAGAAAACCUAACGGGCCUACCGAUUGUAUAACUUACGUUGUCGUUUUGUUAAACUUUAAACUAUUCCUCGAAUAAUGAACAACAGAAAAAGAACGAGUAAAGACGAGUCCAAGACCAUUCCCUGUCUGUCUUGAUGAAACGCAAAAACGAACGAAUCCGGAGAGGUUGAAUACAUUUAAUAUUAGUCACGAUAUACAGACAUUUCAAACAAAACUUAACGAAAUAAUUACGAGAACGUCCCAAGAUCUACAAAAUGCAUUAUUAUUAUUAUAAUAUAUAUGAUAUAUAUUAUAUACUAUAUGUAUCCUUGGAGAAAAGGUAAAAAAAAAAAUCGAUUGUUAGAAAACUGACUUUAUACAGUAUUAACUGAGUUUGACUGCUAUAUGAAGAAAGAAAGGAAUUCAUAUAUUUUAUCGCAUCGUUGACCUUGAAGCUUCGAAUUCGACUGAGUGAAGAAAAGAGUGAGGAAAGAAAACGAAUGAAAAAGAGAAUAGCGUUGUUCGUAAAACGAACAGGCAGAGCACGUUAUUCGAUGUCCCGGAGUGCGAAAGCCAUUCGUCGAUGCCAUCAGCGACGAUCCUUUUUCAUCCAGUCUAAAUCGACAGCUGUCCACAUAUAGUUUGUGACUUAUAGUGGGCGAUAAAAGAAAAGAAAAAAAAA